AUGGCCCUCAACAAGUCCAUGCACGUUCGCAACCGCUACAAGGACAAGCCGCCCGACUUCGCCUACCUGGCUGGCAAGUACCCCGAGUUCCAGCAGCACGUGCAGACCACCCUCGCGGGCAGGGUGAGCCUGAAUUUCAAGGAUCCUGAGGCCGUGAGGGCUCUGACGUGCACCCUCCUGAAGGAGGAUUUCGGGCUGACGAUCGAUAUCCCCGUGGAAAGGCUCAUUCCCACUGUCCCUUUGAGGCUGAACUACAUCCACUGGGUGGAGGAUCUCAUCGGCCACCGGGAUGCCGAGAAGCAAACCCUGAGACGAGGCAUUGACAUAGGGACAGGGGCAUCAUGUAUAUACCCAUUACUUGGAGCAACUUUGAAUGGCUGGUACUUCCUUGCAACAGAAGUGGAUGAUAUGUGCUUCAAUUAUGCCAAGAAGAAUGUGGAACAGAAUAACUUGUCUGAUCUUAUAAAAGUGGUUAAGGUACCACAGAAGACUCUUCUAAUGGAUGCACUGAAAGAAGAAUCUGAGAUAAUUUAUGAUUUCUGCAUGUGCAACCCCCCCUUUUUUGCCAAUCAGUUGGAAGCUAAGGGAGUUAAUUCUCGAAAUCCACGGCGUCCCCCUCCCAGCUCUGUAAAUACAGGAGGGAUCACAGAAAUCAUGGCUGAGGGAGGAGAACUAGAAUUUGUCAAAAGAAUUAUUCAUGAUAGUCUCCAGCUUAAAAAGAGGUUACGCUGGUACAGUUGCAUGUUGGGGAAGAAAUGCAGUUUAGCACCACUGAAAGAAGAACUUCGAAUCCAGGGGGUUCCUAAAGUCACUCAUACUGAAUUCUGCCAGGGACGUACCAUGAGAUGGGCACUGGCCUGGAGUUUCUAUGAUGAUGUGCAAGUACCUUCACCUCCUUCUAAAAGAAGAAAAUUAGAAAAACCCCGAAAACCAAUUACAUUCAUGGUUUUGGCUUCUACAGUCAAAGAGUUAUCUAUCAAAGCUGCAGCUCUGGGCUGGGAUGCUGUAGAAGCUAUUGAUGUGGUUAGAGCCUGGGUAGAGAAGAUUCUCACUGAUCUAAAGGUUCAACAUAAACGUGUUCCAUGUGGAAAAGAUGAAAUUAGCCUCUUUGUGACUGCCAUUGAAAACUCCUGGAUUCAUUUGAGGAGAAAGAAACGAGAGAGAAUAAGGCAAUUACGAGAACUUCCUCGAGCUUCUGAAGAUAUUCUGCAAGCAAUGGAAGAGGAAAAAAACAGCCAGAAGAGCGUGAUCAACAACUCGGACUCUGAAAACCCCAAGGCUGAAGACUGUGAAAUGGGGUUUAUGGCACCUGAUGAGGAUGUCCAGAUGACAGCAGGUGAUGAUCAACCAGAGGAAUCUGCUGCCAAACAACACAGUGAUCCUGUGAAAGAAGAGGAGAUGGAAGCAAAGCAGGGAGAAGCAUUGCCUGGGAAAGGUUCUGGUGAUGCGAAGGAGGAACCUUGCCCUUCAGAGGAAGCUAGCAAUCUGACAGUGGAAAAAGAGCAAAGCUCUAAAGAAACUAGUGGGGGUUUUCUCUUCAAGUGUUUAAUGAAUGUAAAGAAAGAAGGAAAUGAUGUAGUAGUAGAAAUGCACUGGGUUGAAGGACAGAACAGAGACUUGAUGAACCAGCUGUGCACAUACUUACGGAACCAAAUUCUUCGAUUGGUUGCUAGUUAGCACUUUUUUCUUCUUUGGUAAAGUAGGUCUAUCCUCAAAUUUUGUAAACUAUUUUUAAUGAAUUAAAAAA